GCUAAAAUCUAGAUCAUGGCGCAUGCGAUGAAGUGAGGUUAUUGAUUUAUUUACCAAUACUGACUGCUCAGUAGGCUUUAUUCUGUACUUUUAUACAAUUUUCCACCAAUAUUCUAUACUUUUAUACAUUAUCAAUCUAAGAAAAUUAUAUAAGGUAACAAAAUGGAUAAAGGUGAUGGAUGUUCGGAAAGCAUUCCUUUUAAAGUGGUAGAUUGGAGCCGGGAGCGAAAAUUUGGCGUGGUUGCUUCUUCUCUACAGGAUUUUGUCGACAAAGCUUGCGAAAAGCUGAACAUGACUGGUCCAGUGAAAGUUGUUCUGGAGCUAGACGGCACAGAGGUAGACGAAGAGGAGUAUUUCAACACUUUGGAGUGCAACACUUGUCUAAUGGUGUUGGCCGAUAGCGAGAAAUGGGUGCAACAAGGGCGUCAUUUGAGAAUACCUGGCGACACGGUGGACGGGGACCGGUGCGGAGGAGGGAGAGACGGAGCGGUGCGACCACUGUUGAGUCGUAUCCAUGGUGACGUGGCUCAUGUUAGCAUGCUGGGCGGUCAGGAGUUGGAGCUGCUAUCAGACAUGGACCCUGACAGUCUCACAGAUAUCAUACCCGAUAGGAGUUUUCUGGAUCAGCUGAAAGAAGCGAGCGGCCGAUUCCUAUGCGACAAACGUCAGGCGCAAGAGGCUCUGGACCUGCUCAAACUGUACCAUACGGCAACCGUAAUGCAGGAGGACAUUGCCAACAAAAACCGCAUCGCCCAAUAGCUCUAGGUAGGCUGCUCGUGUUCGUGCUGUCUGCAGCCGCCAGCCCGGCGCACCACUGCCGACAGCACACAUUGGAGCUCCACCGUUCACCUCACCUCACCCCAUCACAUUUUUCUAUAGUAACGUUUUCUAAAGUGAGGUUUACGUUUUGAUGGCAGUUUUUGAUUGAUAUUGGUGUCGCUAUCCUUGUCUGUCAUUCCACAAAGCACAUAGCUCCAUCCCUUUGCACCUCCGCAACGUUUCCAGAUCGUGUUUUAACAAUGAAGAAAAACCGUUGAUUAUUUAUUUAUUAUCACUAAAUGUCAUUGGCUAUUACAAAAUAACAUUGACUAUAAUUGUCACAAAAGUUAUUACACAACAUAUUUCCAACAAUAUACAUAACAGUUAAUAAAUAUGCUGAGCAUUUCAAUUACAGUACAUUCCUGUAAGAAGUAAAACAACAAAAAGACAGAACAAAGGUCUCAAACUUAUAUAUUAACAAAGUAUUCAUUCUCAUUUAUAAAAAUCUAUCAUUGAAAAUCUAUUUUCUUGACGUAUGAAAUUCGACAUUUCAAACAAGAAAGAAUAAACAGUUGAGAUUCCAUCAUAGCCACCUCAAAUUUGAGGUCCCGGCCUACGAUAUUGCAACGUCGCAGUGUAGGCCUAGAAUCUAAUACAUGAUUGGUGAAAAAUAUUUAAAAAAAUACCAGCUGAUCUUUUUCGCCAAUCACGUAUUAGAUUCUAGGCCUACGCUGCGACGUUGCAAUAUCAUAGGCCGGGGCCUUUUAUUAGAUGUGGCUAUGAUUACAUCAGAUAUACCGGCAUCAUCUAUCCUCUACUGAAAGGGUUCUCCUAUCUUUCUCCACUGCCAUUAUAACGUGGACCUGACUGAAGUAAGCAUAUCGACGCUCCCAUAAAUGACGCAACAUCCAUGAAACCAUAAAUGCACCAUAAAAUAAUUAUGGUAGUAGAAGGUGAAAUUCAUCACAUUCAUAGCAUGAAGCAAUCGUUAAAUUUUAAUGCGUAAAUUGUUUAUCCAGCUCAAAAAUUUAUGAUCUUGACAUGAAAAUGUUGAUAAAGAGUUUUUAGCAGUGAUGUGAUGUUUUGUUUCAAGUUGAUUGUUAUUUAUAGUAAUUGAUGUCAUUUAUGAUUGAAAGUUAUUGAAUAUUUAAAUUCAGUCAAUCUAUUUUCCAUUUAUGAUUCAUCUAUUUUCCUAUUCAUUUUUUAAUCCAUUUUUUAAAAAUAUAUCUGAAGCUCAAAAUAAGUAGUAAUCUAUUGCUUUCAAUUAAUACAAUACAUUGAAAAAGCAUGGGUGGUCAAGUCUGCUAAAAUUGGAAUUUUAUUCAAAAUUAGAUUAAAGUACUUUGUACGGUACCUAAUUUAUUUUAUUUACAAUUUUCAAAAGAAUAUAGAAGGAAUUUAUAACGGAAUUGUUUUUCUUUUGUAGCAAAUUCAAGAUAGGUUUUCACAUACAUGACAUCAAUUACAAAAUCUCAAUGCAAAGUAAGCCAGUUUAUUUGUUCAGUAUGAAAAAUCUAAAAUUCUGGGAAGUCUGUAAAACUAUGGAAAUUUUUGAUAUGAAUACAGUUAUAUUUCAAUUGAUUCAGUUCCUAUUAAAUUUUCCAAUGUUCUUCUAAUAUAAUUCACAGUUGAAUGCAGAGUUAAUUUGAAGGAGAAACUAAGAAUAACUAACUCAAGUUUUAUUGUAUUAUAAAGGUUGAAUAAUUUGAAAAAUAUGAAUGCACAAAAGAACUC